AUGAGGGCCAAGCAUUUGAGCUAUGUCUCUGCCGGUGGCAAAGGCUUAUUAGGGAAAACUGUAGGAGCGAUGCUGAGGGAAACAGCUCACAAGCACCCUAAGGUUGAUGCCAUCGUAAAUGUUGCCGAAAAGACUAGGUGGAGUUAUAAAGAACUGCUCGAACGAUCAGAAGCCAUGGCAGAAGGUCUUGUUGCCCUUGGCCUCCCAAAGCAAACAAGAGUAGGAAUUUUUGCUCCAAACUGCAAAGACUGGACUCUGACUCAAUGCGCAGCAGCAAUGGCUGACUUAAUUCUGGUAAAUGUCAACCCUGCUUCCCAAGAAACGGAACUUGAAUACUCAUUGAACAAAGUUCAAGUAGACACUCUAAUCAUGCCAUCCCAUAAUAGGCAUGACAACUACAUUGGGAUGAUUGAAAAGCUUGCCCCUGAAAUCCAGGACUCAAAAAUAGGAGAACUCAAUUCAGCCAGAUUGCCUCACUUAAGACGGGUCAUUUUGACUGACAAUAAGCACCAUAAAGGUAUGAUGAGGCUUGAAGAACUCAUGAACCUUAAAAGUGACGAAUAUAUAACUAGAACUCAAAAUAUCAAUUUUGAAGAUCCUUACAAUAUCCAGUUUACCUCUGGAACUACUGGAAAGCCUAAAGCAGCAACUUUAUCUCAUCAUAAUGCGAUAAACAAUGGCUUUUAUUGUGGAGAAAUCUUGAAGUACACUCACCACGACAGGGUCUGCAUUCCAGUGCCAGUUUAUCAUUGUCUUGGAAUGAUUGCUGGAAACCUAGCUUGCAUUUCUCACGGGUCUACUAUGAUAUAUCCUGAUGCAGGAUUCAACCCAGUUGCAACCAUGGAUACUGUCGAAAACGAAAAAUGCACUUCAAUUUAUGGCGUCCCAACCAUGUACAUCGCCUAUUUGAGAGAGCAACAAAGGAAGAAGAGGAAUAUUGACUCAUUGAGAACUGGUGUUGUUGCAGGGUCAGUCUGCACUCCGGAGCUGAUGAAGAAAAUGGUUGACCAGUUGCACCUCCCACACGUCACGAACUGUUACGGAAUGACUGAAACCAUUACAUUAGUAUUUAAGUUUAACGUCCACUAUGGGGUAGCCGCUUCCAGGGCUGCCACCAUAUUUAUUCACGUGUCGGGCCCAUGGACCUUUCGACCGAUCCAUUUUGUUGCACCAUGGCAUGGGCAAAAUACGAUUUCCGCUUCGACAGGCUGCGUUGCCUUCCUUAGCUCAGCUCUUGCGUGUGUUCAGCCUAAGGGCCACCUUCCUCGGGCGCUGAAGAGUAAAACUUCGAGGCUCUUGAUGUACUUGGAGCAGUACCUCGGCUUAUCUGCUAGAGUUAAACUGCUAUUGCUAUACAAAAGUUCUCAGAAGAAAACCCCAUAAAUAAAAUAGCUUUCGUUUCAAGUAAAAUUAGCGAAGCUAAUUAUCUCUCCCUCAAGCAAUUUUAUUUAUGGAAUGACUGAAACCAGUCCAGUUUCUUUCCAGCUGCAUCCAGAAGCAGAUUUCGAAAAAAGAAUUUCAACAGUAGGAGUAGUCCACCCACAUGGUGAAGCAAAAAUUAUUGACCGUAACGGGCAAACUGUCGAAAGAGGAGAAAUUGGUGAAUUGUGCACAAGAGGCUAUUUUGUCAUGAAAUACUACUGGGGAGACCAAAAAGCUACAAAUGAAGCUAUCGACGCUGACGGAUGGAUGCAUACAGGAGAUCUAUCAUCCAUGGACGAGGAUGGGUAUGUGAAAAUUGUCGGAAGAAGCAAAGAUCUGAUUAUAUGGGGAGGUGAAAAUAUUUAUCCAGCUGAAGUCGAGAACUUCUUGCAAACCCACCCAGACAUUGAAGAUGUGGCUGUCUUUGGAAUUCCUGAUGAGAGAUUCGGAGAGCAAGUGUGCGCGUGGAUCAAAAUGAAGCCAGACAAAGCCCCUGUUACUCACGAAACCCUAGCUCAGUUUUGCAGAGGGAAAAUCGCUAAAUAUAAAGUCCCGAAAAUCAUUAAAGUAGUUGAUUCAUUCCCAUUAACGAUAUCAGGGAAAAUCAUGAAAUACGUGAUGAAACUUGACCAGCAGAAAGAAUUGGAGCUUAAGCAUAAAGAAUAA